CUCUGAUCUUGUAAGCUUCAAUCAUAGUGACUCUGAGGACUGUCAACUUCUCCUAGGGCAGAUUACCCCCCAGUGCGCCAAACGCCAUAGCUCACUCGUUUAGCUACGGAAUCGAGUGAUUCAACUUUCAGUGGAAAGCUGACACUGCCAGCUACAACAUAUCCGAUUUUCAGAUCGUUUCACCGAUUGGAGUUUUUGAUAUAGCUAUUCGAAGGUCGCGAGUUUUCUGGGCGUCAUAACGAAGUGCUGCAGAAAUUUCCAAGGAGCCAUUGAAUCAUCUGCUUAUAGCCUUCUCUAACCAACAAGUGGUAUCAGAGCCUAUUAUCACGCAUUUGGGACCUAAAAUACGAUGGGAGAUAAAGAGGACUCUGGUGGAGGUGAUACUUCAGUCCAAGGAGGCAGCUCAACCCAAGAUUCUGGCAUUGCAGCGCAAAGGGGAGCGCGUACAAGCCAGGGGUCACUGCUUAAGGAGGUGCUGAAGAACUUCACCAUUGAGAAGUUCUCUGGAGAUGGCUAUGAUGAUUGGGCAUGGAAGAUGCAGCUCUACUUUCGACAAAUUGGCCUCUUGAAGCUCAUGAUUGGAACGGAGCCAAGGCCAAAGGAAAUGGCAGAGCAAGCGGACUGGGAUGAACGUUCAUCUGCUGGGUACUAUCUACUGUCACAAAGCUUGGAGCUGAACCAGAGGCAUCACAUCAUGCAUCUGCUACCGGAAAUUGAUUGUGGGCCCAAGGCAUGGGCAGUGCUCAAGGACCUGCACGCUCCGACAUCGGUUGCCGCUUCUCUCAUGCUGGAUCGGGAGCUGUCCAUGCUGCGGUUGAGCGAGAAUGAAGCUGUGCAGCCCGUACUGGACAAGAUGAGGGAACUCUACGCGAAAUUGGCGAUUGCAGGCAUCACGUACCCAGAGCAGACAAAGUGUCUCAAGAUGCUCAGCCUGCUGCCGGAGUCUUGGCUGCAAUUUAUAAGCGGACUCAGCUUGCCACAAAACCAAAGUCAAUGGACAUUGGAGUGGAUUCGCACCAAGAUUCUGGAAGAAGAUUUUCGUCGCUAUACACUGCGCGGAGGUGAUGACAGCACCAGCGGCUAUGCCAUGCAAGGGACAUGGAGGGAUCGAGGGCGUGGCAAUCGCGGUCGCUCUUACCACAGCCAAGGUGGUCGCGGGACUUGGAACCAGCGGGGGCGUGGUGGCGCUGGUGCAAGAGGAAGAGGUGGUCACUCCAACAAUGACAACAGUGAACCACGCUUGAGGGGAGAGUGCUGGUAUUGCAAGGAAGAAGGGCAUCCAUGGUUUCGCUGCCCUACCAAGCCCGACUGGUGGACCCCUUGGAACCAAUCGGAGAAGGGGAAUGGAGGAAAACAACCACAUGGAGGUGCCAACAUGGUAGCUGAUCCUGCUGAAGAAACCUCCAAGGAUGACAGAGGAAUGCGAAAUGAGGAGAGGAAUGCUGGACAGUUCUACCAUGUGUGUGACAAAGAUGACAGUGGCACAGCUGUUGCAAGGGCUGGAGAGGAAUUGCACCCGCUUGACAUGUGGGUCAUGGACUCUGGUGCUGCAUGGACAAUGACACCACGCAAGGACUUGCUGGAUGCUGUGCGAGCGCCUCCAAUCUCUGAAGUGCGCUCAGCAUCCGGACAUGCAGUGAAGGUCGCUGGAGUUGGUCGAGCUGCAUUCAGAGCACCUGAUGGUGGACUGGUUGUGCUGAAGGAUGUGUUACUCGUACCGGGGCUGAAGGCCAACCUGAUAUCGCUGCGCAAGCUAGGCCAGGCCGGAGUCAGCACCACCACCAAUGGAUCCAAAACAUUCAAGGGGCUGCGAGGAGAUCGUGUGUUAUGGGAUUUACACGAAAGCAGAGAUGUCUUCAGAUCCAUGUGGCAGAUCCCUGCACUGAUAUGGGAAUCAACAAAGAAGGAGUUGGGAGAAGUAAAGGCGGGUUCUGGAGUCCAGGGGAGUGUAAUGCAGUUAGUGCUGCAGGAGUGACGGUUUCUGCAAGGUCGGGGGAGACUGAUUGGGAAACCGCACACAGGCGUCUAGGGCAUGUGGCUAUGCCAUUGCUGCAGCAACUGCAUAAGGAAGAAGCAGUAAAGGGGCUCAAGCUUUCUGGGCAACCAAAUGCUACCAAGUGCGAGACGUGUCUGCUGAGCAAGUUCACACGGUUCCCCUUUCACGGCGUAGCUGGGAAAAGCAAGGCAGCACUGGAACUGGUGCACAUGGACCUCGUAGGACCUUUUCCAGUCCGAGGAAGUAAGGGGGAAAGGUACUUCCUGACAAUAGUUGAUGACUGGAGUCG